AUGGCCGACGACCGCAUCGCCUAUGUGGCGAAGUCUAUCCGCAACAUCCCGGACUGGCCCAAGCCAGGCAUCCAGUUCAAGGACGUGACGACGCUCCUGCUGGACCCCAAGGCCUUCCAGCACACCGUCGACAUGAUGGUCGAGCGCUACAAGGACAAGAAGAUCGACGUGGUGUGCGGGUUCGAGGCCAGAGGCUUCAUUUUCGGUCCCCCCGUCGCCCUGGCCCUCGGGUGCGCGUUCGUGCCCCUGCGGAAACCCAAGAAGCUCCCCGGGGAGACGAUCGGCGAGGACUACCAGCUCGAGUACGGCACCGACCGGAUCGAGAUGCACGUGGGCCACGUCAAGGAGGGCGCGAACGUGCUCCUGGUCGACGACCUGAUCGCCACGGGCGGCACGAUGGGCGCCGGGAUCAACCUGGUGAAGCGCGUGGGCGCCAACGUGGUCGAGGUGGCCGCGGUGAUCGAGCUGCCGGACCUCGGGGGGCGCGCCAAGCUCGGCGACACGCCCGUGUUCACGAUCGUCGGGUUCGAGGGCCACUAG